AAUAUAGCAGACCUCCACUUUGAUUCCCAGGGUGAGCGGCAUAGUGGUAGCGGCAGCGGUAGCAGCAGCGUUGUUAUUAUAAACACGUAUUAAUACAGUGAACGUAUAGGGCGUGAAGCAGUUUUACACGGAAGACUAUCAAGAGGGCCGCAAAGUUUCAUGAACAAAUUCAGAUUGAUGUCAUCUGUAACCGAGCCAUAGCAUGAAAGGCUUCACAGCAACAAAAGACAAAGGAGGUUUUGUACUGGAGGUGGACAGUAUGCUCGGUAUAGCCUGAAACCCACGAAUCACUAUUAUAUAGACUAUAUACAUCUAUAUAAAUAUAGUUGUGCUGCAACUGCGCAUGAUAAAACGACUUUUGGUCCGAUAUCAAAGAAGGACUAUCAUUAACCCAUGAGCACGGGCAAUGGCGAUGCUGUGGCGACGGCAGCAGCACCCGCAGCGUCAUCGUCGUCGUCAUGGGGACAACCCUGCGGGGAGAGUGCGGCGAAAUCACAGGAUACGCAACUGGCACCACCUUCCCAGACUCAAACGACACCUGCAACAGCACCAAGUGCUAAAGCACAAGCGCCAAAAAGACCUCCCCGACGUAGCGGCAAACCACUAGCGGACAGACCGAUUCGUGCCCUCUACUGCCUACCGCUGAAAAAUCCUUUGCGGAAGAUGUGUAUCGACGUUGUCGAAUGGAAACCCUUCGAAUGGUUGAUCUUACUGACGAUAUUCGCAAACUGCGUGGCCCUCGCCGUUUAUACGCCGUACCCGAACAGCGAUUCAAAUUCAACGAAUACCUAUUUGGAAAAAAUCGAGUACGUGUUUUUGGUAAUAUUUACGGUCGAAUGCGUCAUGAAGAUCAUUGCCUACGGAUUUGUAGCACAUCCCGGUGCCUACCUAAGAAAUGGGUGGAACUUGCUUGAUUUUACGAUCGUAGUGAUUGGGAUGAUCAGCACGGCAAUGGUAUGGUUCAUGAAGGAAGGUUUCGACGUGAAGGCUCUACGAGCCUUUCGUGUAUUACGACCGUUGCGUCUAGUUUCCGGUGUGCCAAGUUUACAGGUUGUUCUGAACUCAAUCCUACGAGCGAUGGUUCCAUUGCUACACAUCGCUUUGCUUGUACUAUUUGUCAUAAUUAUCUAUGCAAUCAUUGGUUUGGAACUGUUCUCCGGUAAAAUGCACAAAACUUGUUGGAACAACAAAACGGGAGAAAUGAUGGAGGACCCACAUCCGUGCAGCUUAGAGGAGGCUGGAUUCAAAUGUGAGGAACAUAUUGGGCCAGAUUAUAUUUGCCGCAGACAGUUUUGGGAAGGACCAAAUUUUGGCAUUACAAACUUUGACAAUUUUGGCUUAGCGAUGUUGACUGUAUUUCAAUGUGUCACUCUCGAAGGAUGGACAUCCGUUCUCUACGAUAUCGAAGAUGCUAUGGGAAACAGCUGGCAAUGGAUUUACUUCAUCUCCAUGGUUAUACUUGGUGCCUUUUUCGUGAUGAAUUUGAUUCUCGGUGUGUUAUCUGGUGAAUUCUCAAAGGAGAGAGAGAAGGCGAAGGCUAGGGGAGAUUUCCACAAACUUCGAGAGAAGCAGCAAAUCGAAGAUGAUCUCAGGGGGUAUCUCGAUUGGAUAACGCAGGCGGAGGACAUUGAACCAGAAACCGAGGAGCCUCAGCUGAUGCAGGAUGGCAAGCCGAAACAACAAAACGAGAUGGAAAGUAUUGAUCAGUUGGAGGGUGACGAAGACGUCCAGCAAGAAUCGUUUUGGACCAAAAAGAAGCGCGAUUUGGAAAGGGUAAAUCGGCGUAUGAGACGAGCAUGCAGAAAGGCGGUCAAAUCCCAAGUCUUCUAUUGGUUGAUUAUUGUCCUCGUUUUUCUGAACACUGUCGUACUAGCUACUGAACACUACCGGCAACCCCAAUGGUUAGACAAUUUCCAAGAAGUAACAAACAUGUUCUUUAUCGGACUAUUCACUAUGGAAAUGAUGUUGAAGAUGUACAGUCUCGGUUUUCAAGGUUACUUUGUCUCGCUGUUCAAUCGUUUUGAUUGUUUCGUCGUAAUCGGCUCCAUCGGCGAGAUGAUACUAACGAACACGAAAGUAAUGCAACCCCUUGGAGUAUCCGUCCUUCGCUGCGUUCGACUCCUCAGAGUAUUCAAAGUAACGAAGUACUGGCGUUCAUUGUCAAACUUGGUUGCUUCGCUGCUGAACUCGAUCCAAUCAAUCGCCUCUUUAUUGCUUCUUCUUUUUCUAUUCAUCGUGAUCUUCGCCUUGCUAGGAAUGCAGGUAUUUGGUGGUAAAUUCAACCCAGCCGGCUCCAAAGAAAAGUCAAGAAGCAACUUUGAUAGUUUUUGGCAGAGUCUGCUCACUGUCUUUCAGAUAUUGACCGGAGAGGACUGGAACGUAGUGAUGUAUGAAGGUAUCAAGGCGUAUGGUGGUGUAUCUGGAAUGGGUGCACUAGCAUGUGUAUACUUCAUCAUUCUCUUCAUAUGUGGAAACUAUAUCUUACUGAAUGUUUUCUUGGCUAUAGCCGUCGACAAUUUGGCCGAUGCUGAGUCAUUGACCGCAAUCGAGAAAGAACAGGAGGAAGAGGCUGAGAAAAAUAAAUCCCGUAGCGGCUCAUUGAUACGAGAUCACGGUAGCGACGAUGAAGCUGAAGAUGGGGAGAAUGGUAGCGGUAUCGAGGAUGAAGAUGACGAAGAUAUGGAGGAGGAGCAGGAGGAAGAAGAGGAAGACGACGCGGACGAAGAAACUGAACAAGAUCCGAAUGAGACGAUUGAAGACUAUGAAGCCGCAUUGGAUACAGAAACUUCAGAGAAGGGAGAAGAUUCCAACAGCCGUACCAAGAUGCGAUUAGAAAUGGAGUCAGAGGACGAAGAUAUAGGAGAGCGCUUACGUAUGUUUCAAAAAGGUGGGACAGGAGAGGGUGUUACAGCACGGCCUCGUCGGAUGUCCGAGUUCAACAUGGCGACUAAAAAACAGCCGAUUCCAGCUGGCUCCGCCUUCUUUAUAUUCUCGCAAACAAACAGAUUCCGGGUCUUUUGCCACUGGCUGUGCAACCACACUUAUUUCGGGAAUAUAAUACUGGCCUGCAUUUUGAUAUCAUCAGCAAUGCUUGCCGCCGAGGAUCCGCUGUCUGCAGAAACGGACCGCAAUAACAUCCUGAAGAGUUUCGAUAAUUUCUUCACAACUGUGUUUGCGGUUGAAAUCUGCCUGAAAAUGAUCUCUUACGGAUUCGUGAUUCACGAGGGGGCAUUCUGCCGGUCUGCGUUCAAUCUCCUGGACCUGCUCGUCGUCUGUGUCUCCAUCUCGUCUAUGUACCUACCCCCUGCUAUGGCAGUGUUGAAGAUUUUUCGGGUACUCCGAGUACUGAGACCUCUACGCGCCAUAAACCGUGCCAAAGGACUAAAGCACGUAGUUCAAUGCGUCAUCGUAGCUGUUAAGACUAUCGGAAACAUAGUCCUCGUCACCAGCCUACUGCAGUUCGUGUUCGCCGUCAUUGGUGUUCAACUAUUCAAGUACGUAGUGAAAUGCGUGAUUGUUGCCAUUAAAACUAUUGGCAACAUUAUGUUGGUCACCUAUCUCCUACAGUUCAUGUUUGCUGUUAUCGGGGUGCAACUUUUUAAGGGUAAAUUUUUCUUCUGCAACGAUCGCUCGAAAAUGACGGAACUGGAUUGCCAGGGCACGUAUCUCAAAUUCGACGACGGUGAUAUCAAUAAGCCAUCGGUUGAGGAUCGAAAAUGGGAUCAGAAUGAGUUCCACUUUGAUAACGUUGCCAAAGCUAUGCUGACUCUGUUCACGGUGUCGACGUUUGAGGGCUGGCCCGCAUUACUGCAUGUAUCCAUCGAUUCGAAUGAAGAAGAGAAGGGACCCAUCCACAACUUCCGACCAAUAGUUGCCGUUUACUACAUCGUAUAUAUCAUUAUCAUUGCUUUUUUCAUGGUCAACAUAUUCGUAGGCUUUGUUAUUGUGACAUUCCAAAACGAGGGCGAGCAAGAAUACAAGAAUUGCGAAUUGGAUAAGAAUCAGCGCAACUGCAUAGAGUUUGCACUAAAAGCGAAACCGGUACGGCGUUACAUUCCGAAACACCGUAUACAAUACAAAGUUUGGUGGUUCGUCACAUCGCAGCCGUUCGAAUACACCAUAUUCACCCUAAUUAUGAUAAACACGGUCACUCUGGCGAUGAAGUUCUACGAGCAGCCACAGUUCUACACGGACGCCCUGGACAUACUGAACAUGAUUUUCACAGCAGUCUUUGCUCUCGAGUUCGUAUUCAAGCUAGCUGCAUUCAAAUUCAAGAAUUACUUCGGAGAUGCCUGGAAUGUCUUUGACUUCAUCAUUGUACUAGGAAGCUUCAUAGACAUUGUGUAUUCUGAGGUCAGAGGGGGCGGCUCCAGUAUCAUCUCCAUAAAUUUUUUUCGCCUAUUCCGUGUGAUGCGCUUGGUGAAACUCUUAAGCAGAGGGGAAGGUAUCCGAACUUUGUUAUGGACAUUCAUCAAGUCCUUCCAGGCUCUACCAUACGUCGCCCUUCUGAUCGUGAUGCUGUUCUUCAUAUAUGCUGUUAUCGGGAUGCAGGUAUUCGGCAAAAUUUCCAUCGACGGGAAUACAGAGAUACAUCGCAACAACAACUUCCAAACGUUUCCGCAAUCUGUUCUGGUCCUAUUCAGAUCUGCUACAGGUGAGUCGUGGCAGGAUAUCAUGAUGGAUUGUGCAGCACGAGGGAACGAAGUAAAGUGUGAUAAUAGAAGUGACGAAAGAAAUUCGACUGGAUGCGGGUCCAACAUUGCGUUCCCGUACUUCAUUUCGUUUUACGUACUCUGUUCCUUUCUUAUUAUCAACCUGUUCGUGGCGGUUAUAAUGGACAAUUUCGAUUACUUGACCAGAGACUGGUCGAUACUUGGUCCGCAUCAUCUCGACGAGUUUAUCAGACUGUGGUCCGAAUACGAUCCGGACGCCAAGGGCCGUAUCAAGCACCUUGACGUUGUUACUUUGUUACGUAAAAUAUCACCACCGUUGGGAUUUGGCAAACUUUGUCCCCAUAGAGUUGCUUGCAAGCGAUUAGUGUCGAUGAAUAUGCCCCUGAACAGUGACGGUACUGUAUUAUUCAACGCAACCUUAUUCGCAGUUGUGCGAACUUCACUCAGAAUAAAAACUGAGGGUAAUAUCGAUGACGCGAACGCGGAGCUACGGGCUGUCAUAAAGAAGAUAUGGAAGAGAACCAGUCCGAAACUGUUGGACCAGGUCGUACCACCUCCCGGAGUGGACGACGAAGUUACAGUUGGUAAGUUCUACGCCACGUUUCUUAUUCAAGACUACUUCCGACGCUUCAAGAAACGAAAGGAACAGGAAAUGAAAGAAGGUGACAAAGACUGUCACAACACGGUGACCCUGCAGGCUGGUUUGCGAACGCUUCACGAAGCUGGACCGGAACUGAAGCGAGCAAUUUCUGGCAACUUGGAAGAGCUGCUGGACGAUAAUCCUGAACCAACGCACAGGAGAAACCACUCGUUGUUCGGCAGCGUGUGGUCCAGCAUGCGAAAAGGGCAUCACAAUUUUCACCGAGCUAAGUCGUUGAAAGUUGAUUCGACCGUUUCGAAGGUUUCACCGACCAAUUCGAUUGACUUUUUACCCUACGUAUCCACGCAGAGAGCCAUCAACGAUAGCCAAAAUCAAGUAACUGCAAGGUCACAUCAGGUUGUGCCAAACGUUGUCGGUAGGGGCCUCGGUGACAGCGCCAUGAACCAGAUGGCGACAGACCCGAGGCAAAUACAUGCCGAAGAAAAUAUUCCUCUACGACCACUGACGGUCUUCGGAAAUUCUUCGGAUAUACACCGGAUGAACUACCAGAACUCGUACAAAUUAAUCGACGGGCAAAGUAGCGGCAACUAUCUCCACCCGAAAAAUGAAUAUGUUACCUGGUCUGGCGAGAGUAAUGGAAAUGCCGGACCGGAUCGUCUGUCGCACAGCCUACCGGGGAGUCCAGCGGAUCGAAAACCAAACUUUGACGUCAUCGGCAGCGCGGAAAGUCUCGUUGGACGCGUACUCGUCGAGCAAGGCCUUGGUAAAUAUUGCGACUCUGACUUCGUAAAGUAUACAUCUAGGGAAAUGCAAGAAGCAUUGGAUAUGACCAAAGAAGAGAUGGAUCACGCGGCACACCUGCUAUUACUCAAUGAACAAAGGGGUCAGAACCUCAGCUAUCAAUUACAACAAUCGGAUCAAGUGCCACAGGGCAAUCUCAGACCGAGUCUCAGACAGCAUGAUCAACAUGCAAAUCGUCCCGGGGUGCGACAGCAGAACGAUUAUAUGAUAAGUCAACAAAUAGCCACGACGUAUCGUCAACGGCAACAUGAAUACCAACACCCACAUCAUCGACAUCAGCAACAGCAGCCACAACAACAACAACAACAACAACAAUCACCGUCCUAACAACGAUACACGCGGCAUACGAGGACCCACGCGAUGUGCCCUAUACCUAUCACGGAUUUCUCUAUAACAACUCCAUGUUGGCGUUGUUAUGAUGCCUGGUACUCAAAAUUCCAUCUCAAUGUUAAAGAAUAAUCACGACCUGGAAACGGUCGUCGGAUUUCAAAGAUUCCAUUAAAAUGGAUGUGCUUUUACGACACGGUGAAUCAACCGCGAUUUUUCCCAGCAAUAGCGGUAUCAUCUUGACGUGGAUUAUCAGUGAGACGAUUCAGCGGGUAUGAAGAACUGACCGUGCCAUUCGUAAUUACUAAAAUACGAUGAAAAAAUAGAUUAAAAUUAUUUUUUAAUAUAAUUCAAACAAACUAAAUUUGCGGCUGGUACAGUGGUGGGAGUGGAGUGGUAUGCUCGGAACUAUCCUAGUACGUUCAUCACGCUCAAUAAUGACAGCAGAAACAUUAGUCUCUCCAUUAUUCUUAAUAAUUGUCUACAGGUAUCGGGAGGAGACUUCCGUAAAAUGCAAAAGUUUCCCAUAUCUGAGUGAAUAAUCCUGACAUUUUUAGUAAUUGCCUAGAACUCUUAAAUUGUAAUUUCAACCAAAUUUGAGCUGAGUAAGUCAAGGAAUAGAGAAUUAUGGUAAAUUUCCUCAAUUUUCUCUGAAACUUUCGUCGCGCAUGAUUAGCCCCAAUCAUAGAGGGAUAAAGUUUUUUUUAACGAUACAUUUACUACCGUGGACGGAAAUUUGUCGCAAGAAUUUUUUAAAUGG